CCUCCAACACCCCUGAAAAUAAACAGCCUCCCACAGUAACUUUUUGCAGACCCAUAUGCAUGACACUGCUCUCAGACCUUUCAUGCAGUGUAAGAAAUACCUUCAUGGUUUGUCACUUGACAUUUUAACCAAGGAAACAGCCCCAACAUUUGGGAGUCUAACUUACUGUGACAAUUUCUUCUACUGUCAGCUUACGAGGAAGUACAGCUCCUGCUCCUCAAUAUGGAUGGAUGAGAGCACUCUCAGCAAGCCUAAUCAUAGAAACAUAGUACAAUGUAUGACGUUGGCAGUGUAUUACCACAUAAAAUACAGAGAUGCAAAUAGAUCCCUGGAUAUUUUUGAUGAGAGACUGCAUCCACUCACAGUAAGUAAGCUUCCAGAGGACUACUUUCAGCAUGAUCCUGAACAUGAAUGUAUAUACAGAUUUGUUGCUAUUAUUUUUAAUGCCCUAUGCAUACCAACUGAAUGCACAAUAAUGACUUUGGUUUACUUAGAAAGGUUAAUGUCAUAUGCUAAGAUUGACCUCUGUCCUACCAACUGGAAAAGGAUUGUCUUGGGAGCCAUUCUUCUUGCCUUCAAGGUUUGGCAUGAUAAGGCUGUGUGGAACAUAUACUUCUGCCGGAUCCUCCAGAAUCUUGCACUCCAAGACAUAAAUCAACUGGAAAGGCAUUACUUGUGUCUGCUUGAGUUUAAUGUUAAUGUGUCUGCCAGCACUUAUGCCAAAUACUACUUUGAUCUUCGCUCUUUAGCAGAUCACAGCAACAUGUAUUUUGUGUCUGCACCUCUCACCAAAGAAAGAGCACGGAAAAUAGAAGCGAUGUCAAGACACUGUGAGGAUGGAGGCUUGCACAGAGGUGAAAUCAGAAAAUCUUCCAGUGAUGACAGCUUCACUGGAAUUCGACUGUCUAAAGCCAUCCUGUCUUAAAAGAGAGAGAUGAGGGCUAUGACAUCUUAGACCCUCGCUUACACAAGAUGGACCACCUGUCUUGCAAAAAAAAAAAAAAAAAUCCAAAGAGAACAUUUUUGCCAAAAGGAAAGACCUUGAAUUUCAGAAACUUUUGGACAGUGACAGUUGUAUUGCAUGGGAAGAGACCUUGUGAAAGCAGCAACACACUUCCUUUCUUCAUUGAUGUGAGCAGAGUUACUAGUAGUACAAAGCAGAAGCUCCUGGCUGACACAACCAUUAGCUUACUUCACAGGCCAAUGCCUGUGAACUGUGCAAGGUUUUUGGAUUAAGAGUAUACAUUUAAGCUAGUUUAAAACUUUAAUAAAUGUUUAAGGUAGAUUUUUUAAAUACUAUCUGUAUACUUUUCAUGUCCCCUGCCACUAUAUAGCUUUGUAGACUUUUAGGAUUAUCAUAGUAUUACUGUUAAAAAAUGGGGAAUCUUUUGUAUUACAUGGUGCUGAGAGAAAAAUCCACAUUCCUACCCAUGUCUCAUGCAGUAUGUCUAUUACUGAGCCAUUCACCCAGUCCCAAAAUGGGAGUAUUCACACUCAUGAAAUCAUUUAGGACUACACUGCCACAUCAUCAGUAUUGGAGGUUCUUCCUUCCUGUGGUAUUACUGAGUUCCUAGGCAGUCAUGUCAGCAAUUUUACACAAAAAAUCAGCUGGAUAGCACUUGCCACUCAGGUUCAUUACAAGCACUAUUUAGCAGCCUCAUGACAUGCCGUGUCUGUGGUCAUAAAGAAAAAUCAUCUGCUAUUGGCUAUCUACUUUUAUCGGGUUCAUACAGAAUCUUAUGAGUUAAAAAUGGUGCUGAUAAUUUUUGAUGAUUUCCCUUUGUUAAAUAAACAUGUCAGAAGAUAUUUCUAUAAUGUGAACCAAUAUGAUGGUUCAAUAAUCACUACAGAUAGUAAAGUACAAGGUGUCCCAAAACUUUCAGAGUAGUUUUAAGCAUUUGGCUACUAUGUUUGUGCCUUUAAGGGCACUCGAGCAGGUAGAAAAGCUGCAAACUUACAAAUCAUUAUUCCUAUAUUUCAGUUCAGUGGGUUUAGAAUAUUAUUCAUUUAUUCUAAACUUUUUCUAGUCUCUUAAAAAAUGAUAGAAAGCAGAACUGCAACAAAAGUUAAAAGCUUAAUUUUCACAUUUCCCAAGUUAAUACUUCCAGAUAAUAUAUGAUAAUGUUUUAACUUCUGUAUUUAUACAUAGUACCAAAGCUUAAAAUGACACUAAGAUUUUUGGGAUGUUUUAUAUUGCAAAGAGUUUCCCUCUUGUUUUUGAGGAGUUCUUUAAGAGCCGUGCACUAUCUCUAUUUUGAGUACCUAAAUUUCUUGGUUCUUGAUUUGGUGAAGGAGGGUAUUAAGAGCAAUAUUAAUUGGCAUGUUUUAUAAAGAAAUUGGACCCCAACAGCAGCACUUGAUAUAAAAGUUUAUUUUGAAACCUAUCCUACAUGUUACCUUGGCAGUAGGUACCCCCAUUGGGAGCCCGAUUAUUUAAGAAAGAAAUUACACAAAACUUAGGAACAUAAUAUAGGUUUUAUUUAUUUAUUUAUUUAUUUUUGUUGUUGUUGUUUUCCUUUUUAUUGGUACCGGGGAUUGAACUCACGACUGCCUCCUUGCAAGGCAGGCGCUUAUGCCGCUGAGCUAAAUCUGCAGCCCCUAUAAUAUAGGUUUUAAAGAACAGAAAUUAAGUAAUUUUAGACAACUUAGAACAAUGUUACCUCAGUAUUAAAAAUUAGUGUUUUGGGGCUGGGGAUUUAGCUCAGCUGCAUAAGAACCUGCCUUGCAAGCAGGCAGUCGUGAGUUUGAUACCCGGUAUCAACUAAAAGAGAAAAGUUAGUGUUUUGCCUCAUGAAAUACAUUUCUUUCCUUCUCAAAUACAACAACCUACCAACUCGAAAGAAAAUUAUUUACAGAAUUUCAAACUUAAAGAUUUGAAUGUUAC